CGCCGGGGCGGGGAAGGACCGUGCCCGGGUCUCCCCCGCUCGCCGCCAGCCGAGCCGGGGGGCCGCGGGGCUUUAACCGUGUGCGGGGCGGAUUCGCCACUUUUUCCGGGGGAGGCCCGCGGUUAAAAGUUUUCUGCGGAGGUCACUAUCACAUGACAAAGACUUUGAGACAGCUUCAUCUUCGUCGGUCUGUAAUUUCCUUUUGCCUUUCUGGGUCACAGUAAUGAAAGGCAGUAGUAGGAAUAAGGAUCACUCAACAGAAGGUGAAGGAACUGGGAAGAGACCAAAAAGGAAGUGUCUUCAGUGGCAUCCCCUGCUGGCCAAGAAACUCCUUGACUUCUCUGAAGAGGAAGAAGAGGAAGAAGAAGAGGAAGAUAUUGAUAAGGUGCCGCUCCUUGGCCCUGAUGGUUUAGAGCAGGAUGCUGAUGAGACUGAAGAUGACGAGUCCUCAGAGCAGCGAGCUCGCCGACCAAUGAAUGCGUUUCUCUUGUUCUGCAAACGGCACCGCUCUCUUGUGCGGAAAGAGCACCCUCGCCUCGAUAAUCGUGGCGCAACCAAGAUCUUGGCAGAUUGGUGGUCUGUUCUAGAUCCAAAAGAAAAACAGAAAUACACUGACAUGGCCAAGGAGUACAAGGAUGCAUUUAUGAAAGCAAACCCAGGGUACAAGUGGUGCCCCACAACCAACAAACCUGUGAAAACCCAGGCAUCCAGUGUUACAAACAGGAAAAAGCUAUGGGCCAUUGCAUCAGACUCUGCAAAAGACUUACCGAGCCCAAGGAAAGUUACCAAAAGUGAAGAAAUGCCACAACUUAACUUUGGGAUGGCAGAUCCUACACAAAUGGGAGGCCUGAGUAUGCUGCUUCUAGCAGGGGAACAUGCACUUACUGCACAAGAGGUUUCCUCCAGUACUUGCCAGUCUGAUACAUCUAAUUCUACAGAAGCCUGUCAGAAGUCCUCAUUGUUUCAGUUUGCAGAGAUCUCUUCCAACACGUCACAGCCUGGAGUCCUGGGGGCAGUAAAACAAACGGAGGAGUCUGCAUUGUUUCAGUUUGCUGAGAUCUCAUCAAACACUUCCCAAUUGCCAAGUCCUGAGCCAGUAAAGCACUGUGGGAAGUCGGCACUCUUCCAGUUGGCAGAGAUUUCUUCAAGUACAUCCCAUUCAGGGCCUUCUGAUUUAACGAAACAGUGUGGAACAUCAGCAUUAUUUCAGCUGGCAGAGAUGUGCCUUGCUUCAGAAGGAGUAAAAGUGAAAGAACCUGGGAAAACAAAAGUGGAAGCACUGGAAGAUGAGGAAGGGGAAGUUUCAGAGGACAUGGAAGUAGAACUGGAGAAAACAACAGUAAAAGACUCCAGUAAUAGAAAAGUAGAACAAUCAGAGAUAGAAAAAUUGCAGAACCCAGAUGAAACAAAAGCUGAGGAAUCAGAAACUGCAAAAUGCAGAGAUUUUACUAGUCUUGCAAUGGAAAACAGUCCUUUUGAGAGAAAGGAUAACGCAAAGGAUCACAUGUGCCGUUCUCCAGAGCUUUUCAUGAGUGACAUGGCUAUCCUUGGGCUAAAGCCAGAAAAGAUAAAGAAGAAAAAGAAAAAAAAUAAGUUGGACCGGCACACAAAUGAAAAAUGCACCCCCAAAAAGUCUUGUAAAAAGAGGCAGUCCUCCGAGUCGGACAUUGAAAGUGUCAUGUACACAAUUGAAGCCGUGGCCAAGGGGGACUGGGGUGCUGAGAGACUUGCGGAUACUCCCCGCAAAAAAAACCGCCCUGUCUCAAAUGUGAAGGGAAGCAUGUUGGAUACAAAAUCACCAAAGAAAAAAGUGAAAUCAAAAGAAAAGAAAACAUCAAAGGAGAAACCAACGGAGACCACCAAAGAAUCCAAGCCUCCCGAUUUCCUUAGUAUUGAAGCCAGCAAGGAAGUACCGUGUGAGGCUCCUGAUAACAUUAAAGUGGAACCACUGACCCCAACAGAGGAGGUGGUACCCCAAAGCUUACCUGAACAGAUCAAAACUGAGGACAGUGACUGUGUUAAAAAGAUAGAAACCUGUGGCUCCAGGAAAUCGGAGAGAUCUUGCAAAGGUGCUCUUUAUAAAACUCUGGUGUCGGAGGGCAUGCUCACAUCUCUGCGCGCUAAUGUGGACAGAGGAAAAAGAAGCUCAGGAAAAGGUAACUCCUCAGAUCAUGAAGGAUGCUGGAAUGAAGAAAUCUGGGCCUUUUCCCCAAGUGGGACAAGUGGGAACAAAAAACUGAAAAAGACUAAGCCAAAGGAAGAGUUUGUUUUUGGCUUAGCAAAAUUGGAAGAAGAAUUUGCAAAGAAAUUCAACAGCCUUCCUCAAUACAGUCCUAUUACCUUUGACAGGAAAAAUUCAUCUGUUUCGAGGAAAAAGCGAAAGAUUGGAAGCGGCUCAUGUGAACUACCAAAAUCCAACAAAGGUUCAUUCCAGUCUCAGAAAAAGAACUUAUUCCACAAAAUUGUCAGCAAAUUUAAGCACAGAAAGAAGCUUAAUGUUCCGGACACAGCCAUACUAUUAGAAGACAGAAAUUCCAGUGAGAGUGCCUGGAAGAAUAAAAUUUCUAUAUCUGCCCUAAACACUCCAGAGCCAGCAAUGAUGCAUGAGCCUUUAGUUGGCAGCCAGAAAAGGAAAGCAAGGAAAACUAAGAUCACACAUCUUGUCCGAACAGCAGAUGGGCGAGUGUCACCAGCAGCAGGGACACUGGAGGAGAAGCCAAAAGAGCUGCCACAAAGUAGUCUUCAAAAAUCAUCAAGUGCAGAAGCAGACUGCAACAGUGAAUGCUCCAGAAACACAGAGACAGAAGAAAAUCAUAGUAUUACGUCAGAUAUGCCAGCGGUGUCUGCAUUCUUUAGCUUAGCUGCUCUGGCGGAAGUAGCAGCCAUGGAAAACGUACACAGAAGUCAGAGGGCCACACCCCUCCCACAUGAUGGACAGCCAAAUGAAAUGUCUCAGGCUCCAGUGCUUAUUUCCUGCGCUGACCAGUGAAGCUCCACUUUAUUGUAAAACAUUGUGCUUUACCUAAUAUCCUAGCCUUGUCUUUACCAAGGGAAGCUAGUCAGUCCAUAUUAUGGAACUAGAGACUGCAAUAAAGUGCUUAUUGCUCUGAGUGGCCCAGAAUUCACUGGAAGCCAGACGUUAGCAACUUGGGCCAGGUCCUCAAAUUGGAACCCAGUAUGUAGGAGGGUGAUACUGUCUAUUAAUGAACUGAAAUGGAGUGGAAUGAUCCCAGAGCUUGCUUUCUAUUGAAGGCUUUUAAACAGUAAAUGGGUGGUUGGUGUGAAAAAGGCUGCCUUUACUGUUAGCUCACACAGCAUCUCUUUUACCAACCAGAGAGUACGACAACUAGUUUCAUAUAAUAUCUAGUUAUUCUAAAUGAAAAAAAAAAAAAAACCAACAAAAACACUGACGCACUGCACUAGUUACUAUUAGAUAUUCUUAGUCAUUUUUGUACAUGAAGAUUUAAGUUCUAAGAUGGUUUAUAUUAAUAGGUUAUGCCUACGUUUAUAUUGUAGAAUGAAUUUAAAACCUGUUCCAGAGAACUCAAGGCAGCCUGGACAGAUGUACCAUUGUUAGCGGUGUUUGGGCAGCCACGUGGUCCAGAUGUUCUGCACUUUUAUAUUUGCCACCAGAGUGGUAGAGUUUACUGGGAAAAGUUCUGACAGGCUACGUUUGGGUUUGUUUCUUUUUAAUUUAGCUUUGAAUAACCAGGAUGAUGUGCAUUAGAAAAAGGUGUGGUGUAUGGAAAAAAAAAUAUUGCAGAUAAUUGACUUGUCUUUCAUGCCUUGGAGGGUUCCUUUAUUUUUGCAUAGAUAUCUGAGCGACUUGGUGAAACUUUCCUGUAAACAAAAAGUACUGCAAAUGCGUUUUUCAAAAGUGACCUUAGUAUUAUUUCACAGUUCUGAAUAACUUAAAACCAUGACGUUUCGAUAUAGUGUACACCAAUUCACAUACCUUUUGCAUUUUACAGACACUGGCAUUGUUGUAGUUACUAUGCUCAGUCCAAAUCGGCUUCAGAGUUUGCAUAAAGGGCCAACUACAGUUUGUGUUGGUAAAGUGGAAAGCUGUAUACAGUUAAACUACAACUGAAGAGUAGCGUUUGACUGAAUUCAGACUACAAAACAGAUCCAUCUGCCAGUUUCUGUCUCUGCUUGUGUUGAAUUUUUGUGUUUUGCCGUCAUAAAUACAUCCCAAAAGCAGGCCAAGUGUAUCACUUGGCCUGUUACCUUCACUAUUCUGACUUACACUAUUGUUUAACCAAGCAUUGAUUCCUACCAAUAGAUGCAAAAUGAUCACUAGUAAUUGAUCUAAAGCUACAAAUUCAACAGGGUACUUCUUCUAUAGCACAAGAUGUUUCCCUACUUUUUGCAUUGUAGCACAACAAUUUACCAAAUUGGACUCCAGCAAUAAUUUUCUAUUAGUCUUCGUCAUACCGGCUGAACUUUUGAUAGUAUUAGAUUGAGUUUGAAGUUCUUUGAAUUAAGUCUUUAAAUGAUGCAAGUUUACAUCAUUCUAUCAGGCAUUCUUAUUUAUACUUGACUGAAUUGAUAAUGUGUUUUGAGGUUAUUUUGUAACUAAUUUGAUGUAAUAGCCAUAUGGACAGUAAUUAUUAAUGCUUGCUAGGUUUAGCCUUUCAUUGUUGUAGUUAAGUGAAAGUCUCUGGUUCAGUGUCAGGAAACAACAUACAGUGUACCACAAGAGUUUUAAGAAAGGAUUAAAGGUCCGACAAAAGGCACGUAGCUGGGGAAGUGUCACUGAAACAGCAACAUCGAGGAUGCAUGUGGUGAAAGAAGGGAACAAGAGAAGAACAACAAAAUUUACAAACCAAUGAGUCAGUGAAAAGGCUUUUUUAAAAAUUCAGGUGACUAAAUAUCUAAGAGCCCCUAGAAUGCCAUUGCAGCUUAUGGUGGUAUUUUAAAUAAGAUUUUAUUAAAGUUUUAUAAGUUAUUUUAACAAGACAGGAAAAAUUUAAAAGACUUUAAACUUGUGGGUCACAGCAGGGUGGCUUUUGGAGUUUUGGACCACUUUAUAAUUAGCUGAAAUCCAAAUAUGUUACAGUGCAGGCCGUUCACGUUGACAAUGGUACUAACUUAUUUCUCUAGAAACCUUUAGAGUAGAUAUAUUUUUGUCAAAGCACCCCAUCCUUCCUCGAUUUAAAUUUCAAUAUUGUUCCUGGAGAUAUUUCUGUAUAUUAAUGGUACCUUUUUUAAAAGAAACAGAAAAUUACUUUUUUCUAUAUUAAUUAAUAUCUUACUUGAUCUGCUUUUCCUUGACUUUCCCUUAGAGAGGGGGUAGGGUUGGGUCAGUUUACUGGAUAUGACUGUUUUCAGAUACUUACAAACCUUUUUGUAGAUAUGCUUAAUUUUUAAGCGAUUAGGCACUGAGAGUAGCAGAAAUCCUGCAAAGCUUUAUAGUUCACUAGGCAUUUGCCUUUGUUGGUUCUAUGAGUGAUGUCUUGAUUUGAGUAGCUAGAAUUUUCCCUGAAUCUACUAGAAGGGGUAUCAGUAUUUUCAGGUAAGAAAGUCUGUUAGCACAACAAAAACUUCAGACCAAUAUCUUUCUGUAUUUGGGUUGGGUUUUUUUCCUUGUUUGUUUUAAUUUUUAUUAAUUUCAGCUGCUUUCAUUUUGGAAAAUCUUACUGCUAUUGUGUGUACUUCAGUAUACCAGCAAACACUGUUACCUGUUAACACAUUGUCCACAAAUGCCUCUAGAGAAGAAAUUGUUGCACCUUAUGUAUAUCUCAAGCAAACCAAAAUAUGAUGCUUUUCUGCUUUGUUUAUUCUGAAUAUGUUGUAUCAUACUUUACUGAACCCAUUUUAACUUAGCUAAAGCUAUCAAUAUUUAUGCAUUUCACAUUAUUUUCUGGAUCUGAACCUGUGUAUAAAUCUUUCUUUGAAAAAAAAAAGACAAGCAUUUACUGUAGUUGUCCUCUAUGACUUAUCCAUGGGAGGGGGGAAUCUUGUCUCAAGUGUAAAAUGCAGUACUGUCCCAGUUUUCCUUGGCUUUUAUUUAUUUAGUCAUCUUCAGUAUUUCAUAGUUCUGAGGCAUACGAAAUGCAUUGUCAUAGCCGAAGCUACAGAUCUAAGAAGCUGGGAGAAAAUUACUGUAAUGUCUUCUUAAUUGUUCUAGUACUGUAUACAAAUAUGGGAAAUAUGUUCUGCAGAACAUUUGAGAUGCAGAUUCUUAUCCCCACAGUAGGCUAUUUUCCAGGUAUUAGACCAAAUCAAUCAAAACUUCAUAUCUUACAGGUCUUUUCUGACUAAAUUAUUCUGAAAAUAUUUAUGGAGAUUACUUAAUGCUCUGCUUCUGGCAGUAAGUACCCCUUGAAUGUGCUGUGAUUUCAGAAAAGAAUAUAUUUAUUUAAGCUCUCUGAAUGCUCUUUUAUACUAGUACGGUAUCCCAAAGGCAGGAGCAAGAGAUUUCUUGGUAGUUUGGGUUUCCGUUUUAUAGCACUGGUGCAUGACCUUUGAAACUAAAGUGAUAAGUGUUGUUGGAAAGGGGCACAAGAACAAGGGACUGGUAGAAGUGUGUGGAUUUGUGGUGUUUAAAUUCCAGCUUUGGUCUGUAUUGUUUGGGUGAAAGCUGCCUUUGUAGCACAAGGCUGAAGAGCAUUCUGUAGUUUGUAUCAAGUAGAGAGUUGUAAGUCACGUCAGUACAAGGGAAUGCCUUAUAGUUUGGAUGCUGUCUUUUGCAACAGGAUAUUAAUUGAAGCAAUUUUAAUUUUCACUGCCUGCUUAGCUACUGUACAGAUACUGAACCAACUGAAAGCAAGUUAUAGACAUGGGGCAGCUAAGAGCAUGUAAGGAAAGCUGUCCUUUAUUCUCAGUAUGGCAACAUUAUGGCAACAAAGGAGAAUUAGAAAAGAAUUUAGAUGUGUAUAUAUAGGGGUGUGGGUGGGUGUGUGUGUGUGCGUGUGUGUGUGUGCCUGGGUGUGUACAUUCUGCAAAAAAAUGAUGUAGGAAACCAGAAACAUGAUGGGUCUACAAGACACUAUAAUGUAUGUUGACCCUGUUGAGUGCACUCCCUUUUUUUUGAAUGCUGAGUCUAAUAUGGCUACCUCUCCUAAAAGACUACUUUUGUUAACUUCCAUUUGCUUUCAGGCAUGAUCAUGUAAUCUUUUUGGCCAUUGAUACCAUUUGUAUAUCGCUGUGUGCUUUAUUUUCCAAGAGCAACAUUUAUAUAGAGCAGACACCAUAAAGGCUGAAUAUACAGUAGUAGCCAAACUAUGUUGCUGGAGCAUUUUUGUUUAGCCUCUGCCACAGUCAUAUGGGUUGCAGGACCCACUAGCUCUGCUUGGUUCAGUAAGAUCAGUUUCUGUAAGAGCAGAAGAUGCAGUGCUUGAAGGGUGGUGGACCUGUGAUGUUUCCAGAGCUGUUGAGUAAGCCACGUGCUGCUCUUGAAACAACUUCUGGAGUUUACGUUCACAGUCCUGAUUUUGCAAGGAAACAUAACUGUGCAACUUGGGUGUUGUAUACCCUACAUUAUCCAUUAGAUGCUGUUUGUUUGCUGUGCUUGUUUGAUAGGUUGUAGAGCUCCUUUGCCAUGUUUUGCAAUACUCAUGGCAUACUCCCUACCGUGUACAUAUUUUGAACUGUCAAUUACAGCUGCCAGGAUGCUGAGGCCCUUCAGGACACUGAGUGCCAUGAACAAGUACAUAUUUAGGUUGUGAAAGGGUUACUUGCCUCCUCCCCUGAAUUCCCCAAGAAAAAGGCACAGUGAGGUUUAUGGUCUCACCAUAGUACUACCAUAGUCCCUUACAUACUCAGUGUUCUGUACUGAAUUGACAACUUUGAAGAGGCUUAUAAGAUGGAUGUCUAUUUCAUGUUCCCCCUAAUUCUUUGAUGGCAGAAAUCUAGGAAGAAUUGACACGAGAUCUCCACUCAGCAACACACCCAGGUUUAGGCUGGAAACCCUUCUUCCUUUAGGGGCAGCAUUGUUGUUGGCACUGUGACAGUGUGGGAGCCCCGAUCACAGACCACUAUGCUUUUGGAUUUAAGCUUGGGCUUGCAUGGUGUUCCUGGGGGAAGCAUAUCACCAUGACCUAUGGUGGUCAUGAUGACAUGCUUCCACCUUCAUUAAGGUGGAAUUUUAAAACUACUGCAAAUAGCUUAACAUCUAUGGAGUUCUUCCAAAGAAUUAUAUUGUAGUUUCUGAAUCUUGGCUGUUUAGCAUAUACCAGGAGACCUGCGCUGUACUCCACUGGAAAAACCACAUCUGUUCAGGAAAACUGACUGGGAUCCCAAAUGUAAUGCUCGUCUGCUCUUUUCAGCUGCAAGCUGAAACCUUGUUUGCCCCUCAGUGCUGCUGUACUUCAGUCAGUGGUUGGGUCCUUGAGGGCAACAACAGCAGGAGAGGCAUGUACAUGCAUGUGUCUGCACAUGUGUGUACAUGCACACACACAGUGGAGUGCAGUGACUUCCAGCAUGUACUCUGUGCUAAAGUGCUCCUGUGUUUGCUCAUAAAAAAACUUUGAAGUUUUUGAGACGAUAGUUUUCCAACUUCCUUGCUAGAUUUUGGUAUCUUUUCUUCACAUUAAACAGCAUAAGAUGUGAAUUUCAAAAAUCACAUAUGAAAAAAGCACAGAUCCUGCUGACCUGGAUGCUACAAAAACCUUCUUUCUCAGCAGUGCUUGCUUGUAAUAACCAGUAUCUGUUGACAGUUUCAACACAACUGAUUUGCUAUGAUCUUUUUUCUUGGAGCCCAAUCCUUCAACUUCUACUCUCACAUGUAUUUCCACUCAAUUUCGACUUAGUAUAUAGUUUUAUUCUCUCCAAAGUUUGGGGUAAACAUGCCUUACAGUGGUUCAUCUCCAUCAAUGGUAUAAGAGAGCUACUGCCUUCUUAGUUGUGUGUAGUUAAGUCAGUAAGCACAUUUACAGAAUGUCAUACUUUACUCAAAAACCUCUAAUUUGAUACUUCUAAGUGCACAUGUUAAGUCAUGUGUGUAACAUGCUAAAGUACAUCAAACUGUGAUAAUGAAGCUGAAUAAAAGAUUUAAUAAAAUAUUUGAAAUAUUUGAUAAGGACCUUUAAAUAGAUUUCUUUAUGUUCAUUCUAUUUUGGUUAUCUAGCGUGUGCCUGUAAACAGUUUCCCGUUUAAAACUAAUGAUUGCAAAUAAAUACUAUUCAAAUGGAGCUUCUUUGAUACUUCACCUGCUUUACCAUCAAAUGAUUGUUUACUUUAACAUAUGGCUGAGUUAGCAGUAUUUGCAGAAUUUGUUUUUAGCUACAGUACAAACAUGUUGGGUUGUUUAUAUUUAAACAAGCUCAUUUUCACCAGAAAAGGGAAGAUGCCAAAACCCAGAGAUGGAUCCUCAGAGCUGUAUGCUGUAGUUUUCUGUCAGAUCAUCCACUCACCUUCUGCACAAUGACUGUGAAGAUGCCAUUUACUUUGCAAAGAACUUCUGCCCAGUUGUUCUUCCUUACAUGUGUCUGUACUGGGAGCUUCCAUUUUAUUAUUUAAAACUUAUGAGCCUGGCUCAGCACUGUUGACAUUGCUUAGAAGAUCCACAGAUCCAUUCAGGUGCCCUGGAAUUCUGUGGACUGACAUUGCAUGAAGCUGGAGAUUGUGGGACAGAGAGAGCCAGGACUCGGUGCAGUUAGGCUUUUGAAGAAAAGGUUGGUUUUCUUCUGAGCUUCCUAGGUAUCUACUUUGUUUUUGUGGAUUUUGUUUUCUUUGCACAGUUGGGAAGCUUGUCGAUAGUCAGCAGAGAUAAAAGAGAAGUCGUCCCACUGAAGAAGUCCUUGCUAUGAUUUCAGUCUUUGGACAUAAGAGAACUUAGUAAUGGUUUAUCUUAUAGAAAUAAGUAGCAAGAGACAUCAAUACCUAAACAUAAAGGUAGUGGGUUCCCACUACUUUGGAAACUUGUUGAAACCAGGAAUCUGCUCUGCCCAUAUACUUUACAGUCUUGAGGCUUGAAAAUUAGACUGUUUGAGAUCUUCUCUUUUUCUGUCCUUGGAUGCCUGAAACCUCCUUGAUUGCCAUGUAUUUUUUGAUCACAGAAGACCCCAGAACAGACUUCAUGAAGCCAAUAGACACUGGCUGUUCAGAUGGGAGCAGAUCUGUCUCUGAGUCAAAAGCAGCAGAAGGGAAACAUUUAGGGUUUUUUUUAUCUAUGUGCUAUUUACUCAGGAAAGAAGAAACGUAUGCAAUUUUGCACUGCCUUUACUGGGUAUGCGUCAGUAUCUCUGCAAAGAAACACCAGGAAUGGAAAAGCUUCAGCCUUAAAGGCUGUGUAAAGGUCAUGGGAAAGGGGAAGGAAAGUUCUGAUUCAGUGAGAAAAAAAAGUGGAAGAAAUUUUAAGAAAUGCAUGUUCUGUCAGUAUCUGAUGCCCUGUCAGGGACCUUGAAAUCACUAUUCAUUUUUUUUAUUACUAAAUUACCUUAAAACAGUUGUCUUCAUUCCUUGAAGUCCCAUCUUUUCUCCUCUAUUUUCAUUUGGUUCUUCCAACUAAAAACCUGCUGAAUUCAGCUAAUUCUCAGUGCAUCUAGAUCUGGUUUGUUACCCAGCUCUCACUCAGGUUGCUUUUUCCAACUGCAUGGCAUUUCCACUGACUCUUAACUGUCAGGUAAGGUAAAUUUCCACGAAUACUUCUGGAAAAACACAGGAUGGAAAGGCAUCAUCCAACUCAAGCACCAUGCUUUGCUAGACACUGCUAUUCUCCCCUUGAUACCAUUGUUGGGUCCCUUUCAUUGUUCAUUCCGGAGUUUUUGGAUGUACAGCUAACCCUGCUUUCAGAGAGACUUUUUUUUCCUACAGUGUGACAACAUGGAGUGAGACACACAGUAUACCUGGGCAUACAGUAGCCAUGCUAUACACCAGCUCAUGUGGCUGUCAAUUCUCCAGUAGGACACUAGCACUUUGUAACAAAAUAUGAGAUGCGUUCCUAUCUCUGCUGCAAAGUUCUGUUUUGUUUUGUUUUCUGAAAUAAAACCUGUAAGAUACAACAUCUA